GACCUAUGAGUACAUGCCUGAUAUUAGUGCUUUUGUGUUUUUUUUUUCUUUUUUUUAGGCAAUUUUAUUUCAUUCUCAGCGCUUCUCUUUCGGUCUUUCCGUUUAAACCCUAGACCUUUUCUUCUCCUCCUCCACUCUUUAUCUAUCUUCUUCAUCCCGCAAUCUCCUAAAUCGUUCUAACCUUCUAUGAUUUUUCUGCUGGAUUAUAGAGUUCCAUUUGAUUAUUGCUCGGAUAAGUUAUUGGCCGGAGGUAAAUCCUCAAAUUCUUUCUCCUUUUUUUUUCUCCUCUCUAUUCCAUCAUCAUUAUUGCUUGAAUUGAGACUUUCUUUGCCUUAAAUUCGAUCAAUUCCAAGUUUCAUGAAUUCAAUUUUAGGGUUUAGUUCUUUUUACAAUGUCAAUGUAAAUUGAUUUUGCAAAGACGGCGGUGUAGUCGGGUUUUCUGGGGAUGUUAGGGUAUUUGAUUCAAAAGAGGACUGUUUUAGCAGCUCUCAAUGCCUGUGUGUAUCAUAUUUGGCUUGCUAGAAAUCAUGCGUUUUGGGAAGAAGGCUAUUAUUAUCCCCUUGAAGCUGUGCAAAGAAAUCUGUAUUGAGGUGGUGGGUACAGUUCAACAGCUGAUUGAUAAUUCGUGGAGGAGGAAUCAUUACAAGUGGCUCCAGCUCUUAAAAAAUAGUAUUCCUGUUGGAUGUGCUGGGCUGGGUAGCUCUAGGGGCUGUCUGUUGCUAGCUGCAUCUAUUCAGUUGGGCUGCUGUGAAGGUCUUUUGUUGUGUGUGGCUGUUCCCAGGCUAUGUGCUGUUGGUUUGUGUUGUUCUGUUGUCUUAUCAUGGCCUGUGCUGUUGGGAUGGGCUGUUUUCUGGUGCAGUGCUGUGUGUUGCUGUGCUGCUGCUGGAUGAUGGGUUAGGUGGUGAUGCUUUACUGCAGUUUAGCUGUGAUGUAGUUAGAAGCUGUUGCUUUCUUUGUAGUGUUUUUGUUGUAGCUUAUGCUGUCUAAUUUAGUAAUUUUUCUUAUAGAUAACAAUGUACAAACUUCUAAUUUAUAUUAAUAAAUUAUGAAUUUUUUAAGAA